AUGAGUGGCCACGGACAGACAGGAGGAAAACCCAGAGCCAAGGCAAAGACCCGCUCCUCCCGUGCUGGGCUCCAGUUCCUAGUCGGCCGUGUGCACAGGCUGCUGCACAAAGGAAACUAUGUGGAGCGUGUCGGUGCCGGCGCCCCCGUCUACCUGGCAGCUGUGCCGGAGUAUCUGACCGCUGGGAUCCCGGAGUUCGCUGGAAACGCUGCCCGCGACAACAAGAAGACCCGGAUCAUCCCCCGUCACCUGCAGCUGGCCGUCCGCAACAAGCUGCUGGGUGGAGUCACCAUCGCUGAACUCAGAUCUGUGGAAAUCACUGCGACUGAGUCAACAGAGGAAACACAGCAGCUCUGCACCACCUGGAACCUCCAGCACUGUCUGACCUGGACCUGGAGGAACCCUCAGGUCCUGGUUUCAGGUCCUGGAUCCAUGUUCUGCCUGGUUUUACAAACCAGGGACCAGGCUGAGAUGUGA